AUGGAUGAAGUGUGGAUCUUGUCCCUCUGUCUCACUUUAUUUGCCCUUUUCCUUUUUAUUUUGACCUUAAAAUCAAAAGAACCAGUGCCCGAAAGCAUCAGCAAGAAAUCUGCCCCCAGUACUCCUUCUUAUGUCAGCUCUGGUGGACGGAGCCUGGAGCUCGAAGAAGAGGAUGUAGACAAGAUGAUGGAGCGGCUAAAUAAAUUGCUGUAUCAAGAUGAACCUAAGAAGAAAGAAGUCCCUCAAGAAAGGAAGAAGCCUGUUGUUCAGGAGAAAGCCCCAGAGUCUCCUCUGCACAUUAAAGACUCGGAAAGUGCUCCUGAAACUCAAGAACCAGUGGGCAAAGGGCCAGUGCAUACCCAGCCUGCCUACCAGCCGAGCCAUCACAGGGUUCAGGAGAAGUCAGCUGAACCUGCUGUUGAGAAUAUCAUGGAUGAAAUAGAACAAGCUGUACAAGAGACUUCAGAGCUAGACUACUACGCCAGACGUAGACAAGAACGGGCUGCUGCUCGGGCAAAGUUGUAAGUGACUUACUG